AUGGCAUACCGAAUCGGCCGCGGCGAGCAAGGCGUCUUGACCUACGAACCCUACAAGUCCGCUCUCCUCCCCCUCUGGCGGUUCAAAACGGCACUGAUUGCCCGGAAAAGCGCACAGGACCUCUGGCACAGGUUCAAGCAGUUCGAUAACGAAGGAGAUUUCGUCGGGAUGGACAUGGCGCGCAAGUUCAUCCAGAUGGGCAUGACCCGCGCCAAACGGUAUGCCAACCACGAAGGAGGGCGUAAAUACAAGAGAGGUACAAGAGAAGAGCUUCCAAAGAGUAGAGACCACGCGGGUAGCCAAGAGAAGGAGGAGGCGAGCCGGAUUUUCAAGGGUUACUGGGAGAGGUGUAAACAGCACGAAGGGUAUAAACAACGGAAAGAGGAGUUUCUUAAAGAACAAAAAGAGUGGCAGGGAACGGUAGGGACACAAUCGUGA